UUCUCAACCAGUUCAUUGCUUCGUUCUUCAUCACACCAUGAGACUUGAAAUACUUUUCGCACCCGCACUUGCGGCCUUUGUUCGAGCUGCUGGCGUCACAGGCGCCGCCGAAGGCUUUGCCAAAGGCGUCACAGGUGGCGGCUCAGCCGCUGCUGUUACCCCUACGACAACUGCCCAGCUCGUGUCUUAUCUCGGCGACUCCUCCGCCCGAGUUAUCAUUUUGGACCGAACCUUUGACUUCACCGGAACUGAAGGCACGACCACCGCGACUGGCUGCGCUCCAUAUGGCACAGCUUCAGCCUGUCAGCUUGCCAUUAAUAAAGACGACUGGUGCACCAAUUACCAGCCUAACGCGCCUAAGGUCAGUGUCAAGUAUGACAAUGCUGCAUUGAACCCCAUUCUCGUUGGGUCGAAUAAAAGUCUCGUUGGUGUAGGAAGCAAGGGCAUUAUCAAGGGCAAGGGCCUUUAUAUUGCAAAGGGUGCGAAGAAUGUCAUCAUCCAGAACAUUCAAAUCACAAACCUUAACCCUCAGUACGUCUGGGGCGGCGAUGCUAUUGCCCUUGAUAACACGGAUCUUGUUUGGAUUGACCAUGUUACUACGUCACUUAUCGGCCGGCAACACAUUGUUCUCGGCAAUAAUCCAAGCAACCGAGUGACUAUCUCAAACCACAAGCUCGAUGGUGCUACAUCUUGGUCUGCCACAUGCAACGGCUACCACUACUGGGGCCUUUAUUUUACAGGCUCUGCUGAUACCGUUACUUUCAAGAACAACUACAUUUAUAAGACCUCUGGUCGUGCCCCCAAGGUCGGCGGAAACACCCUUCUCCACGCCGUCAACAACUACUGGUACGAUAACGCCGGACACGCCUUCGAAAUCGGUGCUGGCGGCCAGGUCGUCGCUGAAGGCAACAUCUUCCAGAAUGUGGCUACACCACUCGAGGCAUCGAGCUUUGCUGGUAAGCUCUUCUCGAGCCCCAGCACCGCUGCCAACGCCGUCUGCUCAUCUUACCUCGGCCAUGUAUGCCAAGUCAACGGCUUUGGAAGCUCUGGCACACUUUCAGGCAGCGACACCGAUUUCCUGACCAACUUCAGCGGCAAGAACGUUGCUUCUGCUGCCGCUUACUCCAGUAUUACCGGUCUCUCGUCCAGCGCUGGCUUUGGUACUAUCUAG